AUCGUUCUGACAUCAUUCUAUUGACAAGGGCGGAUUUCAACUACGCCGCUUCGAGCAAGACGAGGGCACGUGUUGUCACGUAGAGAGAAACGAUUUUUCGAAACUUUCGACGAAGAUGGCUAUGCAUGUACCGAAGGCGCCCGGCGUGGCGCAGAUGCUCAAGGAUGGAGCCCGCUAUUUCUCAGGCCUUGAAGAAGCGGUCUAUAGGAACAUCACAGCCUGCAAACAAUUUGCGGAUACUGUGAGGAGUGCAUAUGGCCCUAAUGGAAUGAAUAAAAUGAUCAUCAAUCAUAUUGAGAAAUUAUUUGUAACUAAUGACGCAGUGACGAUUGUCAAUGAACUAGAAGUGGAGCAUCCAGCUGCAAAGUUGUUAGUUUUAGCAUCAAAAAUGCAGGAAGCUGAAGCAGGAGAUGGAACAAAUUUUGUUAUUAUCUUUGCUGGGGAACUCCUUCAUGCCGCAGAAGGAUUGCUUCGUCUGGGAAUUACAACUUCAGAGAUUAUUGAAGGCUACGAGAAUGUUUUGAAUAAAGCACUUGAGAUUUUAUCGACUCUAAUUGUUCAUGAAGUAAAAGAUGUACGAGAUGAGGAACAAGUAAAGAAAGGAAUCCGAAGUACUAUUAUGAGCAAACAGUAUGGAAAUGAAGAUAUGCUUGCUUCACUCGUUACCAAAGCUUGUAUCUCUAUUCUGCCGGAGAAGACGACAUUUAAUGUGGAUAAUGUGCGAGUUUGCAAGAUACUUGGAGGUGGCUUGAACAACUCGCAAAUAAUGCAAGGUAUGGUGUUUAAGCGACAAGUGGAAGGUGACGUCACGAAGAAGGCCCUCGCGAAAAUCGCAGUUUAUACUUGUGCCGUGGACAUCAUUCAGACCGAGACCAAGGGUACUGUGCUGAUUAAAACAGCCGACGAACUAUUGAAAUUUUCACGCGGCGAGGAAGCACUGCUGGAAAAUCAGAUUAAAGCGAUUGCCGAUAGUGGUGCCGAAGUAGUAGUAUCUGGUGGAAAAUUCGGCAGCAUGGCCUUGCAUUACAUGAAUAAGUACAAUCUGAUGGCCGUUCGUAUCCCGAGCAAAUUUGACAUUAGGCGACUUUGUAAGACCAUUGGUGCUACUGCACUCUCUAAAUUGGUGCCUCCGUCGAAAGAAGAAUUGGGAUAUGCCGAUAAGGUAUACAUAGAUGAAUUGGGAGAUACCAUAAUAGUAGUGUUUAAACUAGAGGGAAAAGAGAGCCGUGUCAGCACCGUGCUCGUACGUGGCUCGACUGAAAAUUACAUGGACGAUAUCGAGCGUGCGAUCGACGAUGGUGUCAAUACUUUCAAGGGCAUUACAAGAGAUGGUAGAUUUGUUCCGGGUGCAGGCGCCACGGAGAUCGAGCUCGCUGCACAGCUGGCGGCGUAUGCGGACACAUUACCUGGUCUCGAGCAGUACGCUGCCCGCAAAUUUGCUACCGCCUUGGAGAUAUUCCCGAAAACGCUAGCUGAGAGCAGUGGUGUCCGCGCGUCCGAACUUGUAUCGAAGCUGUACGCAGCACACAAGGAAGGAAAAACAAAUCAUGGUUUUGAUAUUGAUGGUGAAGGCGCAGCUCUAAUUGAUACCAUCGAGGCAGGAAUUUUAGAUUUAUAUCUGACGAAGCAAUGGGCACUCAAGUACGCGGUUGGUGCGGCAUGCGCUGUCCUUAAAGUAGAUCAGAUUAUCAUGGCGAAACGGGCAGGUGGUCCAAAAGUUCCAGGGGGAGGUGUUCGCGACGAAGAUGAGUAACAGGAUACGAAUUGAUGGCAUAAUCACAAACUUUCACGUUUUAAUUUAAAACAUGUUUCUUCGUUUCAUUGAAAUAAAGGAAAAUACUAUGUCUGUGUUUAAUUCCGAACAAUUGAAAAAGAGAAAGAUACUAUUGCAUACCUGCUUAUUUCUAAAAGUGGCAAGCAUUUCUACAAUUUUCUAUUUUUAUCCAACAUGUCUGUUGGAUUCCAAAUUAUAUUUAUUAUAUUAAUUUAGAAUUCACCAGAUGUAUUAGAUAGAUGCUAAGUCAAAUCGAAUACUAAAUACAAAAUACUAAAUAAACUUGUUAAAUAUA